AUGAAAUACUUGGCACUGAUUCUGUUGUUGGUAAUAUGCGCUUAUCAAAGAGUGACUGGCGCACCGACAAAUGAGACUUUGACUCCAACUGAAGAUGAAAUUCAUGAGUCUGGAAGUCAGAUCGAUUAUUUAAGUCGGUUAAUGACGAUGAUGGGACCAUUCAAAGAAUCAUUUUUGGGCUUUAUUAAAGGAACGAAUGUGACGAAUGAGGAUUUGCUGAAUUACAGAAGGUAA